CGAAAAGGUGGCACUUCUGAGCGGCGGGGGAAGGGUGUAGAUGUAGCGAUACCGGAAGUGGCAACGGCGUGGCGAUGGUGAUGGCGGUGGAGGUGCCUGGACCCGUCGGUCGGGGAAGGUGGACGAACAAGGAGCGAGUUCUGAUCUUUUCGUCACGGGGGAUUAGCUACCGGACACGACACCUGAUGCAGGAUUUGCGCACUCUGAUGCCUCAUGCUAAACCAGACACCAAAAUGGAUCGCAAGGACAAGCUGUUUGUCAUAAACGAGAUCUGUGAAAUGAAGAACUGUAACAAGUGUGUCUACUUUGAAGCCAAGAAGAAGCAGGACCUGUACAUGUGGGUGUCCAAUGUCCCCCACGGCCCCUCGGCCAAGUUCCUGGUGCAGAACGUACACACCCUGGCCGAGCUGAAGAUGACGGGGAACUGUCUCCGGGGGUCCAGGCCCCUCCUCUCCUUCGAUCCGACAUUUGAUCAGGAGCCUCAUUACCAGUUGUUGAAGGAGCUGUUCAUCCAGACUUUCUCCACGCCUUGCUACCACCCGCGGAGCCAACCAUUCGUUGACCACGUCUUCACCUUCACUGUCACCGACGGCCGCAUCUGGUUCCGCAACUACCAGAUUAUCGAGGAGGACGGCUCUCUGGUGGAGAUUGGACCUCGGUUUGUUCUGAACCUCAUUAAGAUUUUCCGCGGCAGUUUUGGGGGUCAAACGCUGUACGAAAAUCCAAAGUACCGCUCUCCAAAUGUGCACCGGAGAAUGUUGCGAGCAGCGGCGGCCAGCCGCUUCGCCGAGAGACAAAACAUGAAGGAACUGCAGCGACUUCGGCGACAGGAGCAGCUAGUGACCCUACCCGAGGACCCCACCCAUGCAGUUUUUGACACGCCUGCCCCGCAGAAGCUGCCCCAGGUCCAGCAGGCACCUCCGCAGACCACGCACAGCGCCAGGCCCCAGAAAAAACUCUACAAACGCCAGCGGCUGAGGCGACAGGAACAGUAGACUAUGGGGAGGGGCUGUCUGUAUCCUCACUCCUCCCCUCCCUCUCACGCCCCUGCCCCUCCCUUUGCCCACAAUGGACUGUCACCCCUCUUCACCCUCCUCUUUCCCCUCCAACCUCUCCUAACCAGGGAAGGGUCUGCCCGCUGGGAGGGGACCCUGUAUCUCACUGCUCUCAGGAAGGUGGGAGCUGAGCUGUGUUGGGACAGGUCAGGGAGGUGUGUUUGCUGAUCCCGAGGGAGGGGUCCAUGCAGAAUGGUGUGUGUUUGCUGAUCCCGAGGGAGGGGAAGUUGCUCUCGGAGGAUGACGAGGGAGGGGUUAGUGCUCAGUCAUGAAUGUCUGUUGAUCCUGAGGGAGGGGUCUGUGGUGAGUGGUGUUUGUUGGUCCUGAGGGAGGGGUCUGUGGUGAGUGGUGUGUUUGUUGAUCCUGAGGGAGGGGUCUGUGGUGAAUGGUGUGUUUGUUGAUCCUGAGGGAGGGGUCUGUGGUGGGUGGUGUG